UAACCUUGAUUAGUGUCUCAACUCACGUUCUUGUUGUAGGGCUUUGACCAGCUUCGACUUGAAGGAUUGCUUUGUGAUGUGACCCUGAUGCCAGGUGACACGGAUGAUGCCUUCCCUGUGCAUAGAGUCAUGAUGGCCUCUGCUAGUGAUUACUUCAAGGCCAUGUUCACAGGUGGCAUGAAAGAACAAGAUUUAAUGUGCAUUAAGCUUCAUGGUGUGAGCAAAGUCGGUUUAAGGAAAAUUAUUGAUUUCAUUUACACUGCAAAGCUUUCCCUUAACAUGGACAACCUUCAAGAUACACUAGAAGCUGCCAGUUUUCUACAGAUUCUGCCGGUUUUGGACUUCUGCAAAGUGUUUCUCAUAUCUGGGGUCACUUUAGACAAUUGUGUCGAAGUCGGUCGGAUUGCCAACACCUACAAUCUGACAGAAGUGGAUAAAUACGUCAACAGUUUUGUCUUGAAGAAUUUUCCCGCAUUGCUGAGCACCGGGGAGUUCUUAAAACUCCCUUUUGAGCGUCUUGCCUUUGUGCUUUCCAGUAAUAGCCUUAAGCAUUGCACUGAACUCGAGCUCUUUAAGGCCACCUGUCGCUGGCUACGCCUGGAAGAGCCUCGGAUGGACUUUGCUGCAAAAUUAAUGAAGAACAUACGAUUUCCACUGAUGACACCACAGGAGCUCAUUAAUUAUGUGCAAACCGUGGAUUUCAUGAGAACUGACAACACGUGCGUGAAUCUCCUUUUGGAAGCCAGCAAUUACCAAAUGAUGCCGUAUAUGCAGCCAGUGAUGCAGUCAGACAGGACUGCCAUUCGCUCUGACACCACUCAUCUGGUCACACUGGGAGGAGUUCUGAGGCAGCAGCUGGUUGUCAGCAAGGAAUUGCGCAUGUAUGAUGAAAAGGCCCACGAAUGGAAAUCUUUAGCCCCCAUGGAUGCCCCAAGGUACCAGCAUGGCAUUGCCGUCAUUGGAAAUUUCCUCUAUGUCGUCGGCGGACAGAGUAAUUAUGACACGAAAGGGAAAACGGCAGUCGAUACAGUCUUCAGAUUUGAUCCUCGCUACAAUAAAUGGAUGCAAGUCGCAUCUUUAAAUGAAAAGCGCACCUUCUUCCACCUAAGUGCCCUCAAAGGAUACCUGUAUGCAGUCGGCGGGCGAAACGCGGCUGGUGAACUGCCCACAGUCGAGUGUUACAAUCCAAGAACAAAUGAGUGGACCUACGUUGCCAAAAUGAGUGAGCCCCACUAUGGCCAUGCUGGAACCGUAUAUGGAGGAGUGAUGUAUAUUUCAGGAGGAAUUACUCAUGAUACUUUCCAAAAGGAGCUGAUGUGCUUCGACCCUGAUACUGACAAAUGGAUCCAGAAGGCGCCAAUGACCACUGUCAGAGGUCUGCAUUGCAUGUGUACGGUGGGCGAGAGGCUCUACGUCAUUGGUGGCAAUCACUUCCGAGGAACGAGCGAUUACGAUGAUGUCCUGAGCUGUGAAUACUACUCACCGAUCCUUGACCAGUGGACCCCAAUUGCUGCCAUGCUAAGGGGGCAGAGCGAUGUUGGGGUCGCUGUCUUUGAAAAUAAAAUCUACGUGGUUGGUGGGUAUUCCUGGAAUAACCGUUGCAUGGUGGAGAUCGUGCAGAAAUACGACCCAGAUAAAGAUGAAUGGCAUAAGGUUUUUGAUCUCCCGGAGUCCCUUGGUGGCAUCCGAGCUUGUACGCUCACGGUUUUCCCCCCCGAAGAAACCACACCAUCACCUUCUAGAGAGUCCCCUCUUUCUGCACCGUAAGAUCAUCCCUCCAGCUAAGAUGCUGUAGUCCUAUCUUUGCAACGUGUCAUGAAUUCUCUUCUUUUGCCCCCCUUUCGUAGUGUGUUAGGAUUAGCCUCCAGUAAUCAAUACCGAUAUUGGAAAAAAGACAACCUUGAUGUUAUUUGUGCUGUUUGUUUGGCUUAGAGUGUUUAUAAAGUGGUAACAAAACCAUUCUGGAAAUGUAUCCCAUUGAAGCUGAUGUUUAACAUACAAAAAAAAAAAAACAAAAAAAACCCAAAAACCACAA